GCAACGAUCUGAAUCCAGAAGCACAGCAGGAGCUGAAUCAACUGCGAUCACAGCUCCAAAACAACAUCCAGUCAUCGCGCAUGCAGCAUCAUGCUUUUGAGCCUGUAUCUCUACCGGGCUCGCAGCCAGUUUCAAGGGUGAGUGCAUGAAAGAGAAUGAAAUGCCAUUCUCCUGCGCACGCUAACACCUCAUGAAUUCACAGGUGGCUUCCGGCCAUGCCACCCCGAACAAGCGACACAUGUCCGUCUACUCCGGCGAGUCGUCUCAUGCCACCUCGCCGGCCCCCUCCACCAUGCAUUCCCCCCCUCUCACCCCCGCCGCUUCCAAGUCCCGCGACAACAAAAGCCAGCGAAGUGGCAGCAUGUCCGGCCGCCGCCCGGCUCCCGAUAUCAUGACUCCGCAGCGAUCCGCAUCCCCGCUACGAGACGGCAAAGACAGGAUGGCGGUUCCGAGUCAGCCCAAGCAACAGCCCCAAUCUACCAUCGGGCCGAGUGGCGAUUCACAACCCCCAUCAAGUGGUCAGAGUCCUGCUGCGACUCCCUCAGGCACCGCACCCGGCUCUCCCCGGCCCAAGACCCCGUCAACCACCGGCACGAGCGAUGUAAGCGCAAAGGGCAAGAGACCGUCGACGAGUGCGCCGGUUAGUGUUACCACUACACAAUCCGAUGACUCUCAGUUCCGCUUUGGCAACAGGGAUCCGGCGGUUGGAUAUUCCACCUCGGGCCAAAUCAACACUUCCAUGCCGGGCAUCCUUGGCAACGCGCCCACUCUCCCCGCCUCAUCUGCUAGCGGAACCAGUCUGGAUCAGAUGGACAAGCGGUCGAGUCUAUUUGGCGGCGCCAAGAAGGAGCACGACGACAGCCUGCACGAAAAAGACUCCCACCACUCCUCCAAGUCGAAUUUGAAGCGCUUCUUCAAGAUUGGCGGACACCAUCAUCACCGGGAGAAGUCGGGGCAUUCUAAUGGCGCGGAGCACCACCAACGCCAGGAUUCUACUGCCGGCGCAACGCAUGUGCCAUUUGCCGACGAUCACGGCCUGGAGUCAAAGUACGGCAAGUUCGGCAAGCUGUUGGGAGCGGGAGCGGGAGGGUCGGUGCGCUUGAUGAAGCGACAGGGCGACGGCACAGUCUUCGCCGUGAAGCAGUUCCGCGACCGGCACUCCUACGAGAGCGAAAAGGAGUACAACAAGAAGGUGACGGCGGAGUUCUGCAUCGGCUCGACGCUGCACCACGGCAACAUCAUCGAGACCAUCGACAUUGUGCACGAAAAGGGGCGGUGGUACGAGGUGAUGGAGUACGCGCCAUACGAUCUCUUCGCCACCGUCAUGGGCGGCAAGAUGGGGCGGGAAGAGGUGGCGUGCGCGACGCUGCAGAUCCUCAGCGGUGUCAUGUAUCUGCACAGCAUGGGCCUGGCACAUCGUGAUCUCAAGCUGGACAACGUGGUGAUUAACGACCGCGGCAUCAUGAAGCUGAUUGACUUUGGGAGUGCGGUGGUCUUUCGGUAUCCGUUUGAGAAUGACGUGGUACUUGCAACGGGUGUCGUUGGCUCCGACCCGUACCUCGCACCCGAGGUCUACGACCAACCCAAAUACGAUCCGCGCGCGGCGGAUGUAUGGUCGAUUGCCAUUAUUUUCUGCUGCAUGACGCUCCGCCGGUUUCCGUGGAAAGCGCCACGCACCUCCGACAACUCCUUCCGCCUCUUCGUCUCACCCCCGGAUCCGGAACAGGACAAGUUCCUGCAAGAACGGCGGCGGUCGAGCGCCAAGGGACCACAGGAAUCGGAGGGAGCGGACGGCGAGCAGGCACCCCCGAUCACGAAGCAGACGACACAAGCGGACUACCAGCCUACAAUCAAAGGACCACUGAGAUUGCUACGGUUACUGCCACGGGAGACGAGGCAUAUCAUCGGCCGCAUGUUGGAUUUGGAUCCCAACCGGCGUGCGACGAUCGAGGAGAUGUUGGAGGAUGGAUGGGUGAGGAAUGCGCUGGUGUGCCGGCAAGAGGAGAACGGGGUGGUGAUUAAUGCGCCGAAUCAUGAGCAUCAUUUGUUGCCCAGUAAUAAUGGAGGAAAGUGAGUGAAGUGAAGCGGUGGAGGGAGGGGUGGAAGGGGAAGAAUGCGAUUCUGCUUUUGUCUGCACGGUUCUCCUCUUUUUGCUUGUCAUCUUGGGCUCGGAAGCGGGUUUCUUUCGAGACUGCAGGGAUGGUUGAUGAUGAUACCUCGAGGUUGGCGGAUGAGUGAUUUGUAUCUACUCCUCCGAUGUAGCAAAGGAAAGCACAAAUGGAGUGACGCGUACGCACCACCACCUCUUCCCUCUUCACGUGCUGCUUGAUGAUGCUGGCCUGACGAUCACACGACAAACAUGAAACCCGAUGGCAGCAAUUGAGUUCCAACCCCGCGAAUGAGGAAGCCGCGUCGUCACCUCCGCCUCGUGUUGCCCUCGUCGAGCGUCUCAGGUUAACGCUGCCGGCCCCACGCACGCCAUUGCGCCCCGCAACAUGGCCUAGCUGACAC